GUCUGAACUGUCAGGAUGCCUGAAGCCGCCAAGUCAGCGCCCAAGAAGGGCUCCAAGAAAGCCGUGACUAAGACCGCCGGCAAAGGAGGCAAGAAGAGGAGAAAGAGCAGGAAGGAGAGCUACGCCAUCUACGUGUACAAGGUGCUCAAGCAGGUCCACCCCGACACUGGCAUCUCGUCCAAGGCCAUGGGCAUCAUGAACUCGUUCGUCAACGACAUCUUCGAGCGCAUCGCCGGUGAGGCGUCUCGCCUGGCUCACUACAACAAGCGCUCCACCAUCACCUCCAGGGAGAUUCAGACCGCCGUGCGUCUCCUGCUGCCCGGUGAACUGGCCAAGCACGCCGUGUCCGAGGGAACCAAGGCCGUCACCAAGUACACCAGCUCCAAGUAAACACACUGCUCGGACUGCAACAACCUCAUCAACCCAACGGCUCUUUUAAGAGCCAAACACUUUAUCUAAGAGAGUUACUAUGAUCUUUAUACUGUGUGUCACCUUAUCCCAAAUAAUGUAUUUUAAUGUUAACUAGUGAGUUAGCAUGACAUUAAGUUCACCUAAGUCAACACAUCAUGCAAUGUGUGUCUUUCUUAUCACACAUUGUGAUGUUUGGAAGGAUUUGAAUAUUGGAAAUGGGUCUUAGUAACUAAAUUACUGUAUCUGUUUGCCUGCAUGUGUUAUCACUGCACAGACUUAACUGUGUCACUGAUCUGCCUCCAGUUUGUGAAAGAAACAAAGACUUGUUCAGAGAGACGAGAAUUGUGCGUUAGGAAACAGGUGAUGUUCUCUGUACAUAAAGUUGUUAUAAAUAAUGAAUGAAUGGUCAAAUGUUCACUACCACUAAUGACACAA